AACACACUUACGCUAUUAAUAUACUCAUUGGUUUUCUCUUCCAAUUAUUGUAAUGGCAAAUGGGUAUUCGGCGGUGGUGGUGGCGAUGGUGGUGGUGAUAGUAGUAGCGGCGGUGGUGGGGGUACCAGCGGCGGAGGGGGCGGCGGCGUUUGCAUGUGACAAGAGGAAUGUGGGGACGAGAAAUAUGGGGUUCUGUAAGGAGUCGUUGGGGAUUGAAGAGAGAGUUAAGGAUUUGAUUGGGAGAUUAACGUUAGGUGAAAAGAUUAGGCUUUUAGUUAACAAUGCAAUCGCGGUGCCGCGGCUGGGGAUUAGAGGGUAUGAGUGGUGGUCGGAAGCUCUCCAUGGAGUUUCUAAUGUGGGUCCCGGUACUAAGUUUGGUGGGCCCUUCCCUGGAGCCACUAGCUUUCCUCAAGUCAUCACAACCGCUGCUUCUUUCAAUCAGUCGCUUUGGCUUGAAAUCGGACGGGUGGUUUCAGACGAAGCAAGAGCCAUGUACAACGGAGGAACAGCAGGUUUAACCUAUUGGAGUCCAAACGUGAACAUUUUUCGAGAUCCACGAUGGGGGAGAGGCCAAGAAACUCCCGGCGAGGACCCGAUUUUGGCUGCAAAAUACGCUGCCAAUUACGUCCAAGGGCUGCAGGGCAAUGCUGGAAGGAGAAGGCUGAAAGUGGCAGCUUGUUGCAAGCAUUACACAGCCUAUGAUCUUGACAAUUGGAAUGGCGUAGACCGUUACCAUUUCAACGCUAAGGUGAGCAAGCAAGAUUUAGAGGACACUUACAACGUGCCGUUCAAAGCUUGUGUGGUGGAGGGAAAAGUGGCAAGUGUAAUGUGUUCUUACAAUCAGGUUAACGGGAAGCCAACUUGUGCUGACCCGGAUUUGCUUAAGAACACAAUUCGAGGUGCUUGGGGACUAGAUGGGUAUAUUGUAUCUGAUUGCGAUUCUGUUGGAGUUUUGUACGAUAGCCAACAUUUCACUCCUACACCGGAAGAAGCAGCUGCGUCUACAAUUAAGGCCGGUUUGGACUUGGAUUGUGGACCAUUCUUGGCAGUGCACACAGCAACAGCAGUGGGAAGAGGACUCCUAAAAGAAAUUGAUCUCAACAAUGCCUUAACCAAUCUACUUUCAGUUCAAAUGAGGCUCGGAAUGUUCGACGGGGAGCCCGCGGCACAACCUUACGGCAACUUGGGCCCCAAAGACGUAUGCACUCCAGCCCACAAACACCUAGCACUCGAAGCCGCAAGACAAGGCAUAGUCCUUCUCCAGAACCGAGGCGGAGCUCUACCACUCUCCCCCACACGCCACCGAACAGUAGCAGUAAUCGGUCCAAACUCAGACGCUACCGUUACAAUGAUAGGAAACUACGCCGGAGUAGCGUGUGAAUACACUACACCGCUUCAAGGGAUCUCAAAGUACGUUAAGACCAUCCAUGCCAAAGGCUGUGCCAACGUCGCGUGUGUUGGGGAUCAGCUGAUAGGGGAGGCGGAAGCGGCGGCGCGUGUGGCAGACGCAGCAGUGGUAGUGGUGGGAUUGGACCAGUCGAUUGAAGCGGAGGCUAGAGAUAGAAAUGGGGUGUUAUUGCCUGGGAAGCAAGAAGAAUUGGUAAAGAGAGUUGGGUGGGCUUGUAAAGGGCCGACGGUGGUGGUUUUAAUGUCGGGAGGGCCGAUUGAUGUGUCGUUUGCGAAAAAUGAUGGGAAAAUUAGUGGGAUUCUUUGGGUUGGGUAUCCUGGUCAAGCUGGUGGUGCAGCCAUUGCUGAUGUUUUGUUUGGGGCUACUAAUCCUGGAGGAAAAUUGCCAAUGACUUGGUACCCACAAAGCUACCUAGCAAAGGUCCCAAUGACAAACAUGGGUCUAAGACCCGACCCAUCAACCGGUUAUCCGGGUCGAACCUACCGGUUCUACAAGGGCCCGGUCGUAUUCCCAUUCGGGUUCGGUUUAAGCUACUCAAAAUUCUCCCACUCCAUAGCGGAAGCCCCAACAAAAAUCUCACUUCCUCUCUCAAGUCUCUCCCCCAAUUCCUCCGCCGCAGUCAAAGUCUCUCACACCGACUGCGCCUCCGUGUCCGAUCUCCCCAUUCAGGUCGACGUGAAGAACACCGGAACCGUCGACGGAUCUCACACCAUUCUCGUCUUCUCAACCGCUCCGAACCCGAUCUGGUCGCCGGAAAAGCACUUGAUCGGAUUCGAAAAGGUUCAUCUCAUGGCCGGAUCUCAGAAGCGAGUUCGAAUCGGAAUCCAUGUUUGCGAUCAUCUCAGCCGAGUUGAUGAAUUUGGAACUCGAAGAAUUCCGACUGGUGAGCAUAAACUACAUAUUGGUGAUCUCACUCAUUCGAUUUCACUUCACGCUGAUUUACAGGAUAUUAAAUUCUGAUUGAUUGUGAACACUGUCGUAAACCUUGAUGGUGUUUUUGCAAUAAUUUACGUUAAAAUUACAGAGAAGUAAUUAAAAAGGUGAAUUGAAGAAUUGAUUGUAAAUAAUCAAAAAAAAAAAAAUCAAAUAGGCUGAAGAAGAAAAUUCGAAGUAAUUGUGAUUAUAAGAUGUUUGGUAUUGAAAGUACGAUCGUGCCUCAAACGCAGCAAAUUUGCGAGGGGCUGUUUAUGUAGUUUUUUAAAUUGUAAAUUCGUUUUCUUAAUGAAGGUAUUAUGUUAUACUUAAAA